AUGGCGGCGGCAGCGACCUUCCGGCGGCUGCUGGGCCGGAGCGGCACGGCGGCGCUGAGCCCGCCCCGCGGCGCCAGGUGUUUGGCGGUGCGGACGUCGCCGACCGGGGAGAAGAUUACGCACACCGGGCAGGUUUAUGAUGAUAAAGACUAUAGGAAAAUUCGGUUUGUGGGUCGUCAGAAAGAGGUAAGCGAGAGAUCUAGUAAAAGAGAGGUAGGCUUUCAUAAAACCUUUAUAGAACCAAUGAGAAGUGAAAGUUAAUAUAUAGCCUUAAAUUCUCAAAUUGUGAGCCCCCGAGAAGCUCUGGAAUUCUGCAUUUCUUUGAAAUGUCUACGUGUCUACAUUUGUUUUGUUUUGUUUCCUUCUGAAAUAUAUAAGAUGACAUCUUGUAAGUGUAGUCUGGGUUUAUGUAUAAAUGGGAGUGGUCUUUUUCUUUUUUCUUCAUUUCUGUGCCUUAUACCCCUGAGACCCUCAGAUUAAAGGAAGUCACAUCAACUUUUAAAAAUUACUCUUUCAGUCACCUUUUGGGGUAUUCUUCUCCUAUUUCCUGCCAAACAGACGAGGUUGUGUUCUUACAGGGACUGACACUUCUGAGCUGAACCUGGCAGGAGGACUGUCCUGCCCUGAUUGGGUGUGUCCCACCAUGACUGCAGGAGAGAGGAUGCUGAUAGUGGUGUCCUCCACCUACAGGAGCCUGUGCUCUUCCUAAUUCCUCUCUCACCCGCGCUGCCAGAUCCCCAGUCUUCGUGCAUGUUGGUUCGGGUGGUAUUCCAUUUCUGAGUCCUUUUGUCCUCCAUAGUCCCCUUGAGCCCCUCCUUCCCUCAGUCAGCCUUCUUGUUACUCCUCAGUGUCUUAAGUUGUGUUUCCCCUCCCCUCUGAUCUU